UUUGUGGAUUUUUUCUGAAAAAUAGACUCUUUUACAUGAUUUUGUACAUUAUUUCCCUAAAUUUUGCUCAUAAUUUUUCUCUAAUGUAUCUCGUUGGUGAACUUUUAAUUUUUUAUUUUAACACGUAUCGCAUUUCAAAAACAAAUGAGCAGUUGCAACAAAAAGUAAUCUUAAAUUUUUUAAUUUAAUUUUUUUCAAAAAAUUCAAUUUAAAUAUCCAGAAAUAUAGAAUAUAUUAUAAAAUACAGUAUAAAUAACGCAAAAAUAGCUCAUUUGUGUAAACUAACUCUUAAAGGACUAAAGAGAAACGAAAGAUUUGAUUGUAAAAUAAUGAAAUAAAUGGGUGAUGAAAAGGAAUACUUCGGAUACAUUUCAGGUUAUGAUCCAGGAGGUUCUGUUGAGAAAGUUGAGUUUAAUGACAUAACAUUUGAUCCGGGAAAUGAUGAAAUAAAGCGUUUGCAAGAUAUCAACAAGAAUUUUCCAGUAAAUAACAGUUUAUACUACGAUGAUCACUUAGAUGGAAAUAUUAUAUAUAAUGAUGGGUUUCCAUCCUAUCGUAUGGUUAGUACUAAUUCUGGUAAUAACUUGAAUAGUUUUUCAAGGAAUUUACCGAAUGAAGGUAUUAAUAAUAACAUAGCUAAUAAUAGAAUGAUAGUAAAUACGGACUCUUCAGGAUCAAGUAGUAGUAACGGUAGUGAAAAUUUUGUGAAUAGAUCAGCGAACGAUAUGAAUGGGAUAGCCGAAGCUAUAAAGGAAUUAACCUCAAGAUUGCCCAUGCCCCCAUCUCCUGACCUUUUAAAAUCUGUACAUCCGGAACUUGCAGUUAAACUACAGUUAACAUAUCUUAAGGCAUACAUACAGAACCAACAACUCCUAAUGGAUCUGACCCAUUCCAACACACAUAAUAUGCAUAGUAGUAGUGUACAUACCGGUAAUGGUUUGGAUAUACCUAACUUUGGUAAUAAUUUGGGUUCUAAUUCUCAAUAUUCCUAUCCCAUUGUUGAAAUUAAAUCUUCGUAUCCCCAACUCACCAAUACAUUCACUAAUAACUUUUAUACCCAGACUCAAAAUCCCGUUGAUUUAUCUACUGGCCGUCCAGACCCUUCAGAGAUGAUACAAUUGAACAAUACCGUAACAAGUAAACAAACAAACACUGCAAAUUCAGUGCUAAACAACGGUGUGGAGGAGUUUGGACAAAAUAAUGGAUAUUUGCAGCUUACAAAUUAUCCACAAUUUGCAAAUUACCCAAAUUUCUACUACCAACCCACGAAUCAACUCAGUACUCAGCUGGCAACAUAUCCUCAGUUACCCAAUUAUCCGCAACUUACAAAUUACCCUCAGUUGGCUAAUUAUCCACAGUGGACGAAUUACCCGCAAUUAACAAAUUAUCCGCAUAUAACUGAGAGCGGGUCUUACGAUUACUCAAACAGAUCUUUGGAUAAGGCUGGAGAGUUUGGGUAUGACGGAUUUAAGUAUGAAAACCCGGCGGAUCUGGUACCAACUGAGUAUCGAGACCGCGUUAAGUACAAUUCGGCCAAAAAAUCAUUCGUUUCUGUGUAUUUGAACUCACUUGGCCUGAGAAAGAGGAAGUCAUUUUCAAUCAACAAAUUUGGGAUAAAAAAGGCCCUCAAGCUGGCCAUUAACUUUGCCAACUCCCUUACUACCGGUGACAAGGCCUACAGUAAUGGGCUGGGUCAGGAUAUGACGAGCGGGAGUCCACGUGACGACGCUGUGGAUGACGGGGUAAAACUGGCCAUAAGAGAAAGAAACCUGAUUGAGGAUGUGUGUGAGCAGGUGUUGAAGACGAGUGAGGGAAGUGUGGAGAGUUUUGAGGGAUUUGAGAGGGCGCUUGGAAUGGCCAGGAUACGAGGGCUGGUGUACAGCCUCGGAGCGAACGUUUGGAUGUGCAUAUUCUACAAAAAACGGAAGCGGAAGCUCCAGUUCUUCAGUGUGGACGAGUUCGGGUUUGAAAAGGCCUUCCAAAUGGGCCAAAACUUCUUCAACACUAACCCUCAACUGGUACGCUCAAAACUCUCAGGAGCUAUUUCAUACUGGUUAGAAUCUAAUCCUUCCAAAACUCUCAAUGUAAUUUUCAAAAUCAAGCCUAAUAACUGUAAUCUCAGUGUCACAGAUAUUUCAAACGGUGUGGAAAAUGGAGCAAAUAGUAACAUGGAGGAUAGAGAAGUGUUAUAUGUUGGAAGAUUCGAGAUUGAAGUUUAUGGAAGCUUUCUACAGGCCAAAAGAGCCUCACAGACUUGGUGUAAUCAAGUAAAAAAGUUCCAUUCAUCCACACCACUGCAUAACACUCAAAAUAUAAAUACAGGCAAUAGUCUGAGUGAUAGUAUAAACAAAUUAGGGUAUGUGUAUUAUAGCGACAAUGAUAAAAAGUGGGUAGUGGUGAGCGAGAAUGGGAAGAUAGAGUUCUCAGUAGAGAAUUUGGGACAUUCAGAGGCCAAAAAACAAGCCAUUUCACUUAGAUAUAAAAAUAUUUCUAACUAA